UCACGUUCGGUUAUUACGCACGUCCAUGACUUUUUGUCCCGCAGUGUCACUCGCAGUCGUUACCCGGACCUGAACCCAUUUUACCUUGCGCUUGCGCACGCCCGCCUGCGCACUGAACACCCGCCUCCAGCCCACCAAAGCUGCCCGCCACCCGUCCCCAGCGCUGCUACGGCCACUUACAAGCUAAGCUGCACAGCGCUACCGUCUCGGCAAACAGUUCCAAGUCCUGGGAAUCCAGCACGCAUCAACACGGCUGUCAAAUCCAGGAAAACGCCAUCGCUGGAAAUAUUUUGAUGAAUCCAGAAAGCCUGUUUCUGGCUGGAAUUCCGAAUUUUGCACGCAUUGCCAUCGGCCAUGGCUGAUCAGUGCAUCGUCUGCCUGGAGCCCCUGGAUGUUGAGCCCAGCACUCUUGCGGCCCCGCUGGGCCCUGCAGAAGAGAAGCCGCCGCCGCUGCAGAACGCCGAAGAGCACAACGAACACGGCGAACCCCUCCACGAGCGCCAUGCCAUUGAGGAUGCGGAUGCACUCGCCAGGGCAAACCAGAAGAACGGACCGGAGCACGCCAACCACGACAAUGUAGCUCAGAUCGAAGCUUGCGGCCACAUGCUACAUGACGCCUGCUUGCGCGAAUGGUCUGAGAAGGCAAAUAGCUGUCCCAUCUGCCGCCAGAUCUUCCAUGUCGUCAAGGUCUACGCCAAGGUUGGAGGCAAGUAUCUGUCCACACGCCAUGUCGAGGACAAGAAGCAGGUCGCCGAGUUCGACCCGCGCGCAUGGGCCGAUGACAUCCCUGAAGAGUCGGAGCUCCCCGGCAGCCGCUGUCCGGUGUGCAACUCCGGGGGAGACGAGGAGGUGCUGCUGCUUUGCGACGGCUGUGAUGCCGCGUACCACACACACUGCAUUGAUCUGGACAGUGUCCCGGUCGGGCCCUGGUUCUGCAUGGAGUGCGUCGACGCCUUUGGCCCGGAUGUAAUCGAGCCCAUCGAGAAUGCGGGAAGGGGCGGCAGCCGCCUCGGCCCGCGCUACUACUUCCCCCGCACCCAGGCCAGCAUGCGGCGUGCGAGGCAACGAGCCCGGUCCGACGAGUGGCAGGGAGCUUGGGGCCGUAUUACGGGCCGGAUCUGGGAUGCACUCGAACUGGACCUCGACUACCAGGACGACGAAGACUCGGGGAUUUUUGAGAAUUUGCGCCGGUCGCGCCAGCUGCGCGAGCGGGAACGGCAGGAGCACGAGCGGUGGCAGCAGCGCUUGAAUAUCGCCAGCCGAUUGGGCGCACGCGACGUUUUUGUCAAUAGCAUACCCGAAUUCGUCACGCGCCCGCAACCACCUCCCCAGGAGACCCGAGAAGAACGGCUCGCCUGGGGCGCCUUGGAAAAGGCCCGAGACAUGGAGGCGCGAAAACGCAAAUCGCGAUCGGCGACUGCCGAGCCGCCCGAGGAGCCACAUCAUGAACCUGAAAGAAAACUGAAGCGACCGCGAACGAGACGAUUGUUACCCCAGCAUGGCGAGUCGUCAGCCUCAACGAGCAGGGACCCCGGGCCAUCGAACCGACAAGAUCACGCGAGCCCAUCAGCAACCACAUCCGAAGCGCCGCCCUCGUUCUUGGCCUCGCUGCUCAGGGAGGUCGAAAUGAGCACGCCGUCGGACGAGGAGAGCCUCCGAAAUAUGUUCGGGCCGAUCCCGGGCGUUAAUGAUGCCCCAUCGCCCGCCCGCUCGCCUUCGCUGCGCAGCCAAGGGUCGGCGACCCCGCCGCACCGCAUGAGCUCGCCUCAAAUGACGCUAAGCUCACACAUCGCCCCGAUAUACCCGCCAUCUAACUACUCACCGACGAGAGGCUCGUCAUCGAACUCGGUGCGACAGUCCAGGUCGUCGUCGCCCAAUAAAGCGGCCCCGCCAGAGGCCCAACCGACACCCGAAAACAGCGACUCGGAGCAUCGGGGCCGCCGACCUCGCCAAUCUGGCCACCACGGCGCACUGGAGCUUCGCCAGCCCCAGCCACGGCGGGCACAGAACAUUACGCUGCCGAGGUCGCAAGACGCGUCGCCCGCACGAAGCCCGCUGCCGCUCGAGGUGAAGGAGAGCAUCAGCAAGAUCGUGCGGAGCGCGCUGAAGCCGCACUGGCGCUCCAGCAAGCUGACGGCGGCGCAGUACGAAGCCAUUAACCGCGACAUCUCGCGUAAGAUCUACGAGGAGGUCAAGGACCCGACGGCCGUCAGCGAGGACAUGAAGCAGAGCUGGGAGAGGAGAGUGACGCAGGAGGUGGCUCGCGCGGUGGCGUCGCUGCAGGCCUGACGAACGCGGGGCGAGCGCGCUGGCACCACACCACAUUCUCCCCACCGAUAUACCCAUGACUUUUUUAAGGAGCAACAGCACAGCACAGCACAUGACCAUGACACGACCAUGACCCGGACGGCAGGUGUUACAAUGGCGGGGGUUCUCUCAUCUCAUUUCGAACGGCGGAUAGUCUCGGGAAUCGUGGCGUUUCAGGGUAUCUGGCGGGGACUGGCUGGAUUCUACGGUGCAAUUGGGGCGGCGGCUCAUGGAAAUCUGGUUGAUAUA